GGGAGCGGCCUCAAGAUGGACGGGGACGGCGGCGGCGGCGGCGAGGGCGGCGGCGUGCCUGAAGACCUCUCCUUAGAAGAGAGAGAAGAACUUUUAGACAUUCGUCGAAGGAAAAAGGAACUUAUUGAUGACAUUGAGAGACUGAAAUACGAAAUUGCUGAAGUGAUGACGGAGAUCGACAACCUGACUUCCGUAGAGGAGAGCAAAACGACUCAGCGGAACAAGCAGAUCGCGAUGGGGAGGAAGAAAUUCAACAUGGACCCCAAAAAGGGAAUUCAGUUCCUAAUAGAGAAUGACCUGCUGCAGAGUUCCCCAGAAGACGUGGCCCAGUUCCUGUAUAAAGGAGAAGGUCUAAAUAAAACCGUCAUUGGGGACUACCUGGGGGAGAGGGACGACUUUAAUAUCAGAGUCCUCCAGGCUUUUGUCGAACUCCAUGAGUUUGCCGACCUCAACCUCGUCCAGGCCUUGAGGCAAUUCUUGUGGAGCUUCAGACUUCCAGGGGAGGCUCAGAAGAUUGACCGCAUGAUGGAGGCGUUCGCGUCCCGCUACUGCCUGUGUAACCCCGGCGUCUUCCAGUCCACGGACACGUGCUACGUGCUGUCGUUUGCCAUCAUCAUGCUCAACACGAGCCUCCACAACCACAACGUGCGGGACAAGCCCACCGCCGAGCGCUUCAUCACCAUGAACCGAGGCAUCAACGAGGGAGGGGACCUCCCAGAGGAGCUGUUGAGGAACUUGUACGAGAGCAUCAAGAACGAGCCGUUCAAGAUCCCGGAGGACGACGGCAACGACCUGACGCACACCUUCUUCAACCCCGACCGGGAGGGCUGGCUCUUGAAGCUGGGGGGGCGCGUGAAGACCUGGAAGCGGCGCUGGUUCAUCCUGACCGACAACUGCUUGUACUACUUUGAGUACACCACGGACAAGGAGCCCAGGGGCAUCAUCCCGCUGGAAAACCUGAGCAUCAGGGAGGUGGAGGACCCCCGGAAACCCAACUGCUUUGAGCUCUAUAACCCGAGCCACAAAGGGCAGGUCAUCAAAGCCUGCAAAACGGAAGCCGACGGCCGAGUGGUGGAGGGCAACCACGUGGUGUACCGGAUCUCGGCGCCCAGCCCCGAGGAGAAGGAGGAGUGGAUGAAGUCCAUCAGAGCGAGCAUCAGUAGGGAUCCUUUCUACGACAUGUUGGCCACAAGGAAAAGGAGGAUUGCCAAUAAAAAGUAGAGCUCUCCUGGCCUGGACAGGUAAAAGGAAAAACCAAACCCCACAGCAGAGAGUGACUGGAGGCCUCCCCAGGACCCCCUGGGCCCCGGAGGCCUUUUCCAGAGGCGUCUCUGGGAGGCGCUGCCUCCGGGCUGUGCUCUGGGGUUGCCCAGGCCCCCGAGGCGGCCCGUGCGCGUGUCUGGGAUGUUGUCAGCUGUGAGCCUCUCCUUACUCCCGAGCUGCCCGCGCCCGCAGAUGUCGCCACCAUCCUCCUCGCCGGCCCCGCCCGCAGCAACGCCCGGGAACCUCACUGCCGCCAGUGGCGCCAUGUGCGCUCACGGUGCCGGUGCUCACUGUUCCGGAAGCCACCGAUUUCUAGCAAAGCAGGAAAGGAAAAGCUACCACUUUUUUAUUCAGAGUUUUUUUUCUCAGAUAUAUAUGAUUCUAGCUUUUAUAUGCCUUUUUAUAUUCUGAAAUUAUAAUGAAAGAUACUUUCUAACAGUAGUAUUUUUAGAAUGGCAGCUAUAAGUUUAACUCCUGGACACAAGUAUGUACUGUGUGCACUGAAAGAAAUGCCACACACACACACACACACACACACACACACACACACGUAUGCAGUGCCUGGAGGGCGGGUGAGGCAGGGCGCUUGCACGGGGCGGGGCGCUGGGGGGGGGGGCCUUUCUGUCAGCGAGGGGCGCCCUUGUCGCUCCUGGUGGAGCCAGAUGCCCUGUGUCCUCAAGGGCGACACGCACUGGGUGGGGCUGGGGCUCCAGGUGUCCAGGUCCCCCAGGACCUCUCUCCAGCUCAGACUUCAUGGCCCCACAGACACUUUCUAAAAAGGCAAAUCAUUAAUAUAAGUUGUGGUUUUGGGCGUUUAUCCUGUAACUGCUGAACCCCAGCGCUGCUAGUCUGUACGUUGAACCAGGUGAAACAGCUAAGAUUUGACUGUUCCUGACCCCACACGGCAGUUUCACGGUUCAGCUGCACACGUGGCUCAGACUGGCUUUUGACCACGGUCUUCGCUAUUCAAAACCUGUUGGCAAAAUGAACACUUACUUUACUGACCUGAUGAUAAUUUGAGCAGAUUCCUCAAUGUAACGUAUAGACAGGUAACUAGAAAUAAGCCUGUUCCGUGUUUGCAGAGAUUUAAUCUGCUGUUAUGAGGAGGGAAAGAGCAGCUGUGGGAGGAACAUGGGCGGCGCUUAGGUUUUCCUGUAAAUAGUUGCAAACCCCAAGUAUCUGCCGGUGGUGGAACUUGGGGAGAUCACGACCAGGAGCUGGUCGGGCUGCGUGUUGGCGUGAGUGGGUGAGGCUGACCCGGGAGCUGGCCGAGCCGGGCUGUCCUCAGGAUGGCCAGGGACAGAGGCCUGCCUUUGUAUCGGACCCCCCGGCCCCACCCAGCGCCCGGCCCUGCACUGGCUGGGCUGCGUAGACGCCCCGAGUCUGCACCCUCUGGAGGUCAUUAACUCCUGUGCACGAUCAAGUCCAAGGAGGGGAUCCUCUGACUGCGCCCUGACGCGGAGGUCCCCCAGGAGUCACCUGCCUGUGAGUUGCCUUGACACUGAGCCUGCGGGCGGUGGGCCCCUGGCCCUGGUGCAGCUGACCUUGACGUAGCUUUAAGACACACUAGACAGCAAAGGGGUCUGAGCCCAUGACGCUCCGACAGGCAUCAAACGGAUUUUUUUGGUCACUUCCUGAGCUUUUAGGCUUUGUUACUGUACCGAUACCUCAGAUUUGAAACUUUAGUUUUUGAGAAAGGCAAGUCAGCGUUCCUGAAAUGCGACUGGUAUAUAUGCAACUCUGGCCUCAGUCUUCCAGGAAAACAGAGACGCUGCCCGGACCCCAGACCAUGUGCUGCCGCCACUGCUGCCACCUCGCCCACUCAUCGUGUCUCGAGGAAAACCUGGUGUCAGGCUCCUUUGUCUGCCUCCAGGACCCUGGGGGUGGCGGGGCGCUCCGUCUCGGUUUGGCCUCAGGUGGGGCUGGGAGAAGGGAGCGGAAGGGAGCACCGUGAGCAGCUGUUCCUCUGGGCGUCUGUAGAGGCCCCUUGCCCGGUGGCCCCGGCCCAGGGCCGAUGCAGAAGCCGGUGCUGAGGGUCUCUAACCGCCAUCAGAGCGUUACCUGGAAUCAUCUAAUUGCAGGCGGUGUUGUGACAGUAUUAAGCUGACAGGCAGGCGGCCGUCACUCCCACCAAGCCCCCGGGUCAGGGGCCGUGGGGGAGGGCCUGUGGCCUGGACCUCAGCAUGGUCGCGCGCCCUCCUCCCCACCCCCGUCCGCGCUCAGGGCUCCGAUCAGCCGUCCGGCUCUGGCCAAAGACAGCUUCCUUCGGGACACGAGGCCAGGGGCGUGGGGGGCGAGGGGAGGCGGCGGCUUCCACGGCCCAGCCUGUUACCGUGGGAGGGUUAACGGGACGACCCUGGGCCCAGACAGGCGACAGUGUCUUCAGGAUCACAGAACAUUUUCGAGCAGUUUAAUGUGGUACCAAACUGAGUCAAAAUAGGAGCUAUUUAUAGAUGGAGCGGCCUUUAAUGCUUCAUAUAAAGCAGCGCAUAUUUUUAAGGUUAAAAUGCGUCUAUCUGCAUAGAUGUGCUUUGCCCAGAAGUUAGGUCUGUUCUAGACCAGAAACCACACGUUGUGAUUUCUCAUUUUAUUUUUUCUUAGGAAACAUUUCUAUUUACAGUAAAUAUAGUUAAUAUGUAAAUAAUGUACAUAUAGAUUGACUUCUGGAGUGUUUGUUUUUCAAUGUAUAUACUCCCACAACGUGCAUGAAGAAAUAUCCUAUAUCUAUUGAUAUUUUGUUGUAAAGUGAAUAGUUAGUCAAAUUGGAGGGUGUAUGGCUAUCAAAUUGCAAAUACUGUGUUCACUAAAUAAAAAUCGAACGCACUGUUCA